UGUCUAGAGAACAAUUUCGAUCGGGAUCGGGUCAAUCAUGACUACCUUUGGUAAUCUUGCUAAUGUUAAAAUCCCAAGGCAUCUUCAAUUUACAUAUUUGUCGCAUGCACAAAGAGUGCUAAGAUAUUACAAAAAGCAUUGUCGGCACAUUGAAUGGUGCGCGUUUACUCGAGUACCAGCAAGGUUGGGUAGGGUGGAGUUGAGACGACUAAUCGAUUCCCACAAAGAUGAAAAGGACUUUGUGAAGGCAACAGAGUUACUUGAACGGGGUGAACAACAAGUGCUUUCAUAUUGGUUUUUCAAUAAUAAUCACAACUUCUCUCCUGGCGGAACUUGCUACGACAGAUAUCAAUACUUCCCAGAUUAUACUAUUGACUACUGGCAUCCCUUAGAGAAAGCCCAGUAUCCCAAGUAUUUUGCCACUCGAGAAAUCAGGAAAAUGGAGCAUAUUUUGUGGUGGCAUGAAAAGUAUGGAGCAGACCCUGAACAAAAAACGAUUGAAGAAAUGAUGGAUGAUGUGGCAGAGCAGAGGAAGGUCGCUAAGGAGGCAGAGGAGAGGAAGGCCAUUGAUAAAUAGUGCUGUGGCAAGGGACAAUGGUUGUUACAGGAGUUUCCGUCUUUUUUUCUUUCUUUGCAUUCAACAGCCGUGUAAUUUGAGAAUCUUAAUUGAUUUUUGGUGAAAUCUAGAAUAGUAAGACUCAAAGAGGACAAAUAAAGUUAUUUGUAAAUUAAA